AUGGCAGCGACAACUACAACUAAAACAACCUCAAAUUUCCUCAAACCCAUAAACCAUAAAAACCAACAACCCUCCACCAAACCCAAACGUCGCAAGUGUCGCGAAACCACCAUCUCAACCUCCGCUUCAUCUUCCCCCAUCAACCCAACCCAAUUACCCGAACCAGAACCCGAACCCCAACCCGGUUCACCUUCUUCUUACACCGUUCGUUUCUCCCCAAUCAUGGAUUUCACACACUCCUCUUCCCCAAUCUCAAACGGUCACUCGGGUCAGGACCCGUUCCCAUCAAGCUUCACCAAAUUCAACUCCGCCCUCACCGCCGGCCUCCUCAACCCAAUGUCGCCGCCGCCCGACAAAACCCGCUCAUCUCCAACUCUCUUCGAAAUGAUGGUCAACGAACCCGAUAUUCAUCACAGAACAACAACAAACCAGAUCCCAUCUUCGUCUCUUCAGAAACCCCAAAUUGUAAUCCAAGAUCGCGAAACCCUUAUGAUGCAGCGAAUUUCCGAUUUGUUAGCUUCCCGGAGCCCUGGGAACCACUUCAACGAUUCAUCUUCCAGUGAUAUUAAGCUUACGCUUACUUCCAAAGACGGCUUCAGUUUUUCGAUGAACGUGCAUCGUCAGAUUCUUGUUGCGCAUAGUAGGUUUUUCUCUGUCAAGCUUUCUGAUCGGUGGACGCAGCAGCAGCAGCAGCGUUCGGGGUUGCCGUAUUUGGUUGAGAUUGCGGAUUGUGAUGAUGUUGAGGUUUAUGUUGAGACUUUGAGGUUGAUGUAUUGUAAGGAUCUUAGGAAGAUGCUUAUGAAAGAGGAUGUUUCUAAGGUUUUGGGUAUCUUAAAGGUUUCGGCUGCAAUUGGAUUUGAUGCUGGGGUUUUGUCUUGUUUGGAGUACUUGGAAGCAGCUCCGUGGGCGGAGGAUGAAGAAGACAAGGUGGCGUCGCUUCUGUCGGAACUUCGUCUUGAAGCUGUUGGAGCUGGGGAGGUUUUGAAGAGGGUUUCAACUGAAGUUGCCAAUGGAAAUGAAGAGGGGAAUGAUAAUGAAGAAGUCCUGCUUAAACUUAUUCGUGUGGUUCUUGAAGGAAAAGAUGAGAAGGCCAGGCGAGAGAUGAAAGGGUUGGUGUCGAAGAUGCUCCAUGAAAAUGCUUCUCAGAAUGAUCUUCGGAAGGAGUCAUUAUACUCGGCAUGUGAUGAUUGUCUGCAGUUACUUCUUCACCAUUUUUUGCGGGCUGCGGCUUCAGACCUGCAGGAUGUGAGUCAAAUUGCACGUCAAGCGGAUAAUUUGCAUUGGAUUUUGGAUAUUUUGAUUGAUAGACAGAUUGCCGAGGAUUUCCUGAAAACAUGGGCGUCUCAAUUAGAAUUAUCGGAAGCUCAUUCUAAGGUGCCUGCAGUUCACAGGUUUGAGGUUAGCAGAGUUACUGCCAGGUUGUUUGUUGGGAUUGGAAAGGGACAAUUGUUGGCUUCCAAAGAAGCUAGGUGUUUACUUCUAAAAACAUGGCUUGUGCCCUUUUAUGAUGAUUUUGGUUGGAUGAGGAGAGCAUCCAAGGGCCUUGAUAGGCAUCUAAUCGAGGACGGUCUUAGUAACACAAUUCUCACUCUACCACUCUCAUGGCAACAAGAAAUUUUAUUGGCUUGGUUUAAUCGUUUCCUGAAUUCUGGUGAAGAUUGCCCAAAUAUUCAAAGAGGGUUUGAAGUUUGGUGGAGAAGGGCUUUCUGGAAGAGGAACGGAGAGCAAGACAGGACAAGACAAUUACGAAUUACAUCUGCAUCAAUUGAGCAGAGCUGA